CUUUAACAUCUCCUGUUGAGCCAUUUCCCCAAAGAGCUGCAGGAAUGCAGGCAAGCCACCAUUGAUCGCAGAGAGUAGCAAUGGCAAGAUGCUUUUGGACAAUGUUGUUUCUUCUCUCUGCCCUUUUCCUUCAGACAGAGCAGACAGUGUUUAUAUCAACUGAUGAUGCAAACAAAGUUAUCAAGAGGCAUCGACGUGCCAACUCCCUGCAUUUUGAGGAGGUCUUGCAAGGCAGUUUGGAAAGGGAAUGCCUUGAAGAGAGGUGCACGCAUGAGGAAGCAAGAGAAGUAUUUGAAAAUGAUGAAAUGCUCAAAAUGUUUUGGGAUAACUACUACGGUGGCUGGAGGUGUUCCUCCAGCCCAUGCCAGCACGGUGGCCUGUGUGAGGACACCAUCCGUGGCUACACCUGCACCUGCACCGCGGGCUUCGAGGGGGAGGACUGCGCCUUCGCUAAAAAUGAAUGCCGGCACCAAGGAAAAGAAGGAUGUCAGCACUUCUGCUACCCAGGAAGUAAUUCCUACCAUUGCUCCUGUGCUGAAGGCUAUGAGCUUGGGAAGGACAAAAAACAAUGCAUCCCAUUAGAUCAAUGUGCAUGUGGCAGACUUCAAGACAGUGAUAAUCUGAUACGCGAAACCCCAAAGGAACAUGGCAAGCAAUUUCCUUGGCAGGUCCUGUUGCUAAACUCAGAAGGGAAAGGUUUCUGUGGAGGAGUGCUGCUAAAAAGUAACUUUGUACUGACCACAGCAGAGUGCGCCCUUCUGCACAACCAUUUUAAAAUCAGAGUUGGCACUGGGUGUAACAGAACAAGCGGAGCCGAGAAGAUCAUGGAAGUUCAUGAGAAACACAUUCACAUCCGGUAUGACGAAGACACUGGUGAGAAUGACGUUGCACUGCUGCAACUCCAAGAGCACAUUGAGUGUGGUAACCACCAGCUUCCUGUAUGCAUCCCUGAAAGAGACUUUGCAGAACACAUUUUGAUUCCAAAAUUGGCUGGUACAGUCACUGGUUGGAAAAUGGAAGGUGGUGAAUUUCAAGGCGACGAGUUGCAGGUUUCAUAUCUUCCCACCGAGGAUUGUGAACAAAUACUCAACGUAAGCCUCACAAACAGGCAGUUUUGUGGACACAGCCAGGAGGCCAUAGAGAAACAGCUGGCUGGAGGGAGCUUUAUGGCCACUGUGUAUAAGGGCACAUGGUUCCUGACUGGUAUUCUGGGACCUUGGCCACUAGAAGAUGCUGACAGGAAAACAUUUUUAUUUACCAACACAGCUAGGUACAUGAUAUGGUUUAAACAAAAAAUGAAGUAAGACGCAAACACAACCAAUCCUCCACUACCAAACCCCUACCAAUCACUGCAAGGAAACAUGCGGAAGCAGCCAGUAGAGCCAUCUGAUUAUCACCAUUUGCAGCAGUGGAAGUUGCAAUGAUGAUACCUAUUUUACUCCAAUUCAUACAGAAAAGCCCAUUUGUCUUUCCUUCCUCUGGUAACACGCAGUACUGUAAAAGCCAUGAUGCAGAAAACCUAGCUGCUUUACUAAUAAACAGACUGAACUUUAA